UUUCAGAUAAUAAUCGGAAACGAUGGUGCUUUUGGGAUUUGUUGUGAACAUUCUCCGGCCGAAGGUAUAGCCGUUGUUCAACUCACAGAGCAGAUUCUGGAGAGCUGCAAGGAGCUGAGUUUGGGCAAAAUUGGAGAUGACAUUGCAGAGACCACAGAGCAUCUGCAGCAGCUGCAGUGGACCAUACAGCCUGCCCUGAAGAAGCAUAUUCGAGAGGCCUCUCAGUCACUCAAUAAUCUGGUGGAAGACCUGGAUUUGUACAUCUACCGGUUCGCAGGCUACGGGAAAAAUUUCAUCAAGAAGUGCGCGGUCAGUCCUGAUGCCUACAUUCAGUUAGCGCUUCAACUGACCUAUCACAAAAUGUAUGGCCGACUGACAGCGACCUACGAGAGCGCAUCAACGCGUCGCUUCCGCCUGGGUCGCGUCGACUGCAUUCGCUCAGCCAGCGCCGAGGCGGCCGAAUGGACGCGCGCCAUGAACCAGCAGAAUAGUGCUGACGACAGCGAAACGCAGGUCAGCGACCCUUUGCAGCCCGGGAAACGAGUCACUUUCAAUCUGUUCUCAGAAAAAGAGAAAUUGACUCUAUUUGACGCGGCAGUGAAGAAGCAAACUGAGAUAAUGAUUGAAAAUAUUCUGGGAGACGGAAUUGACUGUCACUUGCUGGGCCUCAGAGAACAGUCCAAACUUCUUGAUCAGCCGAUGGACUUGUUCAAGGAUGAAUCCUACAGAAUUGCCAAUCAUUUUGCCUUAUCCACAAGUCAG